GUCAGAAACUAGUUGGUCGAUAGCUGACCAAUUGGUCAGCUACAGACCAAUUGGCCAGCUACCGACCGAUCGGCCAGCUACAAUCCGACCAGUGCAUGGAUUUAGUUUAGGUUUAUUACGAGUGAUAUCUCCUAGCACUUCUCCCCAUUAUUUUCCCGCCAUAUCUUCUCCCACUCCCGUUCACACCGCCGUAUUUCCCUCCCGCCCUUGCCGCCACCCUUCUCGCCACUUCUUCCCGCCACCAUCUCCCGCUAAAUUUAUCCCGCCACCAUCUCCCGCUAUAUUUUCCCGCCACGCUCUCAGAUUUUUCCCUAUAAAAGCAGGCAUCGACACUCAUCGCUGCACAAGUGCUUCUAUCUCUCUAUUUUUUCUGUUGGCUCACCCUUAGCCAUCAUGAGUGUGCCGUGCUCUGACCAGGAGUUAAGGCCGGUGAAGGCGAAGGCUGCAAGUUUGCCCCCGGGUGUGACUGCGGAGCGGUGUUGGUGCGGCCGUCUUGCUAAGGUUAAGCAGGUGGAGGAUUUCUCCGAUUGGUUCGGCAUGAAAUUUUUCAUGUGUGCGAGCUAUGAGCAUGAUCCACCCCGUAGUUCAGCUUCGUCGUCCACCAGGCCGCCGUCUCCCCCGCCCCUAUGCAAAUGGUUUCACUGGAUAGACACAGAGCAGUCGGAUUGGACGCGCCAGGAGGUUGAGGAGAAACACCGGCGUGCGUGGGCAACGUUCUUUGAGGAGGAGCAUCAGGAAAAGGCUCGUGCUAAUGCUAAAGCAGAGCGAGAGAGACAGAUCCAGAAACUAAGGGCAGACCAAGCUCGUAAUCGCGAGCCGACGAACAGCGAGAUGAAGAAGAAAAGAGGAAGGAAGAAGAAAGAGAACAGCGGCGGGGAGCGUCUGCGGGCCGACAGAAAAGAUGCCAUGCAGGGUCGGGCCCCAGCCGACCGAUCGGUCAGCUGCUGA